AUGCUGUCGCUCGCCCUAACUGCCCCCCCUGAACUUUUCUCUCCUCUCGUCUCGCAGAAGAUCCUCGCAAUAGCGCAGAACACCUCCUCACUCGCGUCUCGGGUCUAUCCCCAGUACACCACGCGAGAUACCGGGUCAUGGCUCUGGUUCGUGCCCGACACAUGGACGACCGGGUUCUUCCCCGCGACGCUGUAUGCUAUGCAGGAUCGCAGCACGCUUUGCCCGAAAUCGGUGGCGAACACUAAGGGGGCCGACUGGGUCGAUCUGGGGAGGGCAUGGAGUACGGCAGAGAUACCGCUGGAGAUCAACACCGGUGUGGGGCACGACGUCGGAUUCCUUAGUUUCCCGUUCGUGGACGAGUUGGCGGUGAAUCCCGACAACCAGACGGCAGUCACGGCGGUGAAUGCGUUUGCAAACCAUCUGGCUGGACGGUUCAACCCUAUAGUGGGUUGCACGCGCUCCUGGGAUACCGCCGACCCGACCGAUUUUCAGGUCAUCAUCGACAACAUGAUGAAUCUCGAGGUCUUCUUCAAUUCUGAAGCUCUAACUGGCAACCGCACCUAUCGCGAAAUGGCCAUCUCGCACGCGAACAAGACCAUGGAAAAUCACGUUCGCCCAGACGGCUCCACGUUCCACGUCGUCGAGUACAACUCGACCACAGGCGCCGUCAUCCGCCGACGCACGUCGCAAGGGUACGCGGACAAUAGCACGUGGUCGCGCGGCCAAUCUUGGGCUAUCUAUGGUUUUGCGAACAUAUACGCGAAUACCCAGAUUCCGGACUACCUGGAGACCGCGCGCCGCACCGCGUCCUACUUUGUGGACAACUUACCCGCAGAUGGUGUUGUCCCCUGGGAUUUCAAUGCCCCUCUUGGGCCGCCUCGUCCAGCUGACAGCAGUGCCGCGAUGAUCGCUUCGUCCGGCCUGCUCCUACUUGCUCAACAAGAACUCGCUCUCAAACCCGCCAAUCAUAGCGGUGCGACUCAUUGGAUCAAUGCGGCCCUCAACAUCAUAUCGGCGAACACGAAACUUGCUUGGCGCCCAGAAUGGGAGAGCCUAUUGUUGAACGGGACGGUCAAUAACCCUACUAAUCCUCCGAACAACCUGACGGGGAUCGUGUAUGGGGACUAUUAUUUUGUGAAAACCGGGAACACGCUUGUGGAGAUGGGACUGGCGAAAUGUGACUAGAUGAAUCCGUGUCUGCGUCCCUUAGCAGGGAGCUCUAUGGUAGAAGUCGGAUGACCUUGUGUAUGUCGAAUGAGGUGGCGUGAUCCCCUGAGAAUAUAAACCUUUACGACC